AUGCCUGAACAGAUCACUCUUUAUGGUCGUAAUGACUCUCCGUACAAUCAUCGGGUGGCCAUAGCCCUCGCCGAAGUCGGGGCAAAGUGCACGAUGUAUACCCUCCCACACAGCGACAAGCCAGCGUGGUACGCCGAGAAAGUGAACCCGGCGGGGACGGUCCCGUGUAUCACCUACGGCGGGCCCGCGACCGACCCCGCCUCGCCCUCUCCAGAGUCGCGCAAGAUCCCCGAGUCGCUGGUGAUCUCAGAGCUCCUCGCGGACCUCUACCCCGGCACGACGCUCGUGCCCACCGACCCGCUGAAGAAGGCCGACAUGCGGCUCUUCAUCGCCUUCUGGGACCAGAAGGGCAUGGACCAUGUCCGUGGCUUCCUGACCGGCACCAGCACCGUCGAGGCGUACCUCACCUUCUUCGAGGAGCUGCAGGCGCGGCUUCCCCCGACGGGGUUCGCGAUCGGGGAGUUCUCGCUCGCGGACGUCGCGAUCGCGCCGUUCCUGCUGCUGAGCGAGAUGGCGUUGAAGAACGAGAUCGGAAAGUAUGCGGUCGAGGAUGGGAAGAAAGUCUUGGGCGCGCUAGCGGAACCGAAGUUUUCGAGGAUCCAGAAGUACGUGAAUGACUUGAAAGAGCGGCCGAGUAUCAAGAAUACGUAUGACGAGGCCGCCUGCUACGAGGCGUGGGCGAAGCUGCCUUAUAUGCAGCGCGGUUGA